CGAGAAAGGAGGUGCUUGUCAAUGUGUCACUGUGAAAGGUCACUUUCAUAACCAGGCAGGCAUGCUGAAGCAGGAAACCUUUCGUAUUGUUUUGUAGUCGUUAUUGUUAAAUACAGUAUUUAUCUAUGGAGUCUGCAAAACGAGAGGAACCUGUUCUUCGGCACGUAGAGAAAGAUGUGCUGAUUCCCAAACUAAUGAGGGAGAAGGCAAAGGAACGCUGCUCAGAAAAAGUACACGCUUUUAACGAAUGCUGCAAAGACAGUGGCUUUCUGAUGGUCCUCAAAUGUCGAGAGCAAAAUACUGCUCUGAAGGAGUGCUUAACCGUUUACUAUAAGGAUCCAGCUUUUUAUGAAGAAUGCAAACAGGAGUAUUUGAAAGAAAAGCAAGAGUUUGUAAGAACUGGUGUUCCUACCAAGAACCGACAGCAGAAACUGCCCACAAGUAUGUAAGCUGAAGUUUCACGUGGAAGAUUAUGGUCCCGAAGUUGUUAACCAGAAAAUCACAGAAAUUGUGGAUGUAUUUUAUGUAGAAGAUUUGAGAUUUGGGAAGUGCUGUCUGUAGAAUAAUGUGGGAGCUACUUAAACUUUUAUUUGUACUCCUUGACAAUUAAAUCAAUUAUAAGCCAAAUGAUCAGUUUUGUAUAUCAUGUUGAUAUUUUCCAAAAAAAUCUAAAUUAGAACAUUUAAAAGGUAAAAGUUUGAGCAGUGAAUUUUUUUUCCUAAUUAAGGAACUUGUAAAUUUAAAAUGACAAAUUUAAUUAAAUAAAAAGGGAUUGUUAAUGUGACUCAUUUAAUAAAACUACUCUGGUUUUC